AACAAUUAUUCACACACGACACCGUCUUAUCAUUUUGUCGAAUUAUCUCAUGUUAGUUAUGAACACCACAAGGGGAUUUUCCCAGGCUUGCCGUCUUGUCAGUCAAAGUGGCUUCACACGUGGCUUUCGGACAGGUCAUUCUGCAGUUAUGGCGCCAAUCAAGGUUGGAGAUUCACUUCCAAAUGUUGAUUUGUUUGAGGGAAACCCGGGAAACAAAGUUAAUACAAAAGAGGCAUUUGGCAAAGGCAAGCAUGUGAUUAUAUCUGUUGUUGGGGCUUUCACCCCAACCUGCCAAGUGGACCAUAUGCCAACAUUUGUGACAGACUAUGAUAAACUAAAGGCAAAGGGAGUGGACUCUAUCAACUGUUUUGCUGUCAAUGACCCUUUUGUGAUGGAAGCCUUUGGCAAGGCUUUAAAUGCAGACGGCAAAGUGAGAUUCCUAGCGGAUACAACAGCAGAAUUUACAAAUGCUUUAGACCUGUCCCUUGAUUUGACAGCAAUUCUUGGAAAUAUACGAAGUCAAAGAUUUGCAAUGGUUGUGCAAGAUGGGAAGGUGACCGGUAUUAAUGUUGAAAGUGACAGCACGAAAGCUGCAUGCAGCAAAAGUUCCGACAUCUUUAAUCUCUUAUAAAACUGUACUGCCUUCCCUAUUCUAUAGUUGUAGUGUACAAUGAUAUUAACCUUUUUACUUGUACUGUAUUGUGUGUCUGUCUUUAAAGUUUGAGUAAUUAACUUGAGUUAAAGUUGGCCAUAGUGACAUGCAUUUUGGCCAAGAAAUGGACAGACACUUCUAGUUGUUAGUUUUGCUAUUGAUGAAAGAAAUCUCUCUUAUCUGUUAUAUUUUGUUGUGAAAACAUUAUUGAUAUAUUUGUCUCAUGUUUACCAGUGUUAAUGAGAACUACUACUUUUAUGAAUUGAAUCUCUCAACAUGUGUACAGUACAAAGAGGUGAUGAUAUUAGAUUUUUCUCAGAAGGUACAUAAAAAUACGUUUUUGCUAGGCCAAACUAAAUUGGAUCUAUGUUAAAUGUCUUCAUGCAGGUAGGCUUCCGGCAGCUGUCUGAUCAGGAUAAUGAAAUCUGCAAAUGUUGAAAACGCCAGUGAUUAAAUACAAGGCAUAGUCACAAUGGCCAUUAUUUCUGUCCAUUACGAUCGUUCAUUACAAUUCGUUUUAAGCUAUUUAAACUUAAGAAAUACAUUUUACAGUUGCUCAAACUUUGUAAGUUGCUUAACUCUGAUAUAUUUUUAAAUGCACAUUUUGUAAAAAUGGGACGUAUUAUGUGAUGGCGCAUGUGUCUGUCCGGAUAUCAUUAUUUGUGUCCAGAGCAUAACUUUAUAACCAUAAAGUUAUUAACUGUAAACUUGGCAUAUAGGUAGGUGGCGAUGAGACAAUGUGCAGAGCCUUGAACUGGCUGUGUAGGUCAAAGGUCAAGGUCACAAAUUGUGCUAAAAUUUAGGUCAAACGGCCAUCAUAUUUUGUGUCCAGAGCUCUUGUUUGUAGUGUAAAAGCUAUUAUGAAGUAACUAUAAUUUUUGUCUUUUAUCAAAACUUUGCUUUUUCCUACCUGGUUCAGGCUGGUUGAUAGGUUUUGAAAAAUAAUGGGGAUAAUUAACACAGAUCCAGUUGGGUAUAGUCUUACUGAGUGAUUUCUAGUGAUUGUAAAAUAUGAUUGUGUGAUAAAUUGUGAUUAACUGUUAAUUAUAUUGCUGUUGAAUAUGAUAUUCAUGAUGAUUUACGCUAGUGUUUGCAUUAAAAAUUCAAAUGAAAUAGUUCAGCUUUCCUGUAGUGGAUAGUUUGAGAUGAAUUUUAACUUUGAUAUUAACCCCAUUUACAAUGAAAACUUUAAAGGGAUUCAUAUCCAGAUUAUUGUCAGAAUAUCCAAAUUUUCAAAACAUAUGAAAUUUGUUGACAUUUAAAAUAGUAAAUCGGUACUGAAAGAGGUAUAAUUCCUGCUUCAGAGCUUUGAUUUUUUUUUACUUUCUGCCGGAGACCUUUCAAAUGAAAAUUCUACUAAAAACUGCCUAGACUUAUUGGGAUCACUCAUUUGUACUCAAUGUGAGAGAUCUAGGAGCAUUAUUGCUGUCUUAUACUGUAUUUUUACAGUUAAUGACAAAAGUUUUUCCUAAAUUAUGAUAAAUUUGACUUUAAUCUUGAGGUGUUCCUCUUUAAGACUUGUGUAUUUUGAUGUGUUAAAAAGUAUUUGUGUAAGAUAUGAUGUUUACUGGUUUUGAAAUGCAACAAAAUAUAGCAUUAGUGAGAGGUUAUUUUAAUUGGAGACGUCUUUGAGCAGGCAUAAUCUAGCUGUUGUGGAUUUUCAGUUAUGUACUUUCAAAACAUGCUUUAUAUUUUUAAAACUGUUCUCUGGUAAAAAAAAGGUAAAAAUGUUUGUCCAAAAACUAUUUUAGAGAAUAAAAUUUUGCAAUAUUGUGGUUUAUAGCAUUUUCAACUCUUCAAAAAUCUUGAUAAUACAGAGAACUGUGUACAGUUUAUGAUAUGUUAAUCUAUGCAAACUCAUUUAAGAUGUAAGAUUUAUCUAUAUCGGUUUUCAUGUUGUACUCAGUGGUAUGAGAUAAUAUGGUCUAAGAUUGGAAACCAGUCUAAGAUUGCAGGUUUUCCAUUGGUCAGUUUCAAAAGUAUGUUUUGAAACAACCAAUCAGAUGCAGCAGUUUUGAGACUGGUCUUCAAUCUCAUUUUGUAUAGCCAUGGAUCCUGUGUUAACUACAUUAUGUAUUGCUUUUAUUGCUUGUAUACCAUUUUAGAAGCUAGCUAGUUAAAAGCCAUACUUAAAGUUAACUUAUAUUUCAGAUGGGCAGUUAAAUGGGAACAAGGUUAAAGGGAUGAAAAAUAUAUGUCUCAAAUGGUUUUGCAUGGUGUUACAUGCUACCUGUCCAUGAUGAUGUCAUGAUCAAACAAUUUGCAUCAUACAGAGAAUUUUUCCUGCAUAUUCCAUUGUUAUCAUUUACUUUACCAUAUUUAAUUAUUAAGAUUUUUCUCAUCAUGUACUAGUUGUUAUAGACAGCUUUAAAAUAGUAGGUGCUCGCUUUUUUGGGGUUUUUAUGUGUUUAGAAUGCUUAUUCAUUGAAACAGUAUUAUCAUUUGCAGUGACACGAAAUAAACAAGAUGUAUAAAUAAUAAAA